CAGAAUGCAACAAUUCUAAAACACAUUUUUAGAACUGAAAAGCAAAAGAAAUCUAUAGAAAGUACAUAAAGAAACUAAAAGAACACAAAGGCAAAAGAAAAAGAAAAUGGAGUCAAAUUGGCUUCGCAUUUUUGUCCUCUUGGCAUUUUGCUUCUUUCCAGUUUUCGGCAUUACUCGUCAUUACAAGUUCAAUGUGGUAAUGAGGAAUAUGAGUCGUUUAUGUUCCAGCAAGCCUAUUGUCACUGUUAAUGGAAGGUUUCCAGGACCCACAAUUUAUGCUAGAGAAGAUGAUAGAGUACUCAUUAAAGUUACUAACCAUGUCAAAUAUAAUGUCUCUAUCCAUUGGCAUGGUAUUAAACAACUUAGAAGUGGUUGGGCAGAUGGACCGGCAUACAUCACACAAUGUCCAAUUCAACCAGGGCAAAACUACGUAUACAAUUUCACAAUUACAGGCCAAAGGGGUACUCUAUUUUGGCAUGCUCAUAUUUUGUGGCUAAGGGCUACUGUCCAUGGUGCAAUUGUCAUCUUGCCUAAACGUGGUGUGCCAUAUCCGUUCCCUAAACCAAAACAUGAAGCUGUGGUUGUUUUAGGUGAAUGGUGGAAAUCUGAUACUGAAGCUGUGGUCAAUGAAGCUCUAAAUUCAGGAUUAGCCCCUAAUGUCUCCGAUGCUCACACUAUUAAUGGUCAUCCAGGACCUGUUUCCAAUUGUCCGUCUCAAGGUGGAUACACAUUAAAUGUUGCUCCUGGAAAAACAUUCAUGUUACGAGUGAUCAAUGCUGCACUUAAUGAAGAACUUUUCUUCAAAAUUGCUGGCCACAAAAUGAUGGUAGUUGAAGUCGACGCCACUUACGUUAAACCCUUCAAAACAGACACAAUUGUAAUAGGCCCUGGCCAGACCACAAAUGUUAUAAUCACUGCUGAUCAAAGUUUCGGAAAAUACAUGGUGGUUGCUUCUCCCUUCAUGGACUCUCCUAUCGCGGUCGACAACGUGACGGCUACCGCCACGUUGCAUUAUACCGGGGCACUAGGAAGUAGCCCAACAACUCUCACUAGUGCCCCGCCCCAAAACGCGACAUUAGUCGCCAACAAUUUUAUCGACUCUCUUAAAAGCCUUAAUUCGAAAAAAUACCCAGCUAAAGUUCCAAAAACUGUAGAUCAUUCAUUACUUUUCACGGUCGGACUCGGAAUUAACCCGUGCCCGUCUUGUAUACCGGCUAAUGGGAGCCGGGUUGUUGCUGGUAUAAAUAACGUUACGUUUGUUAUGCCAAGUACUGCGCUUUUACAAGCGCAUUUCUUUGGCAUAAAAGGCAUUUUCACAACGGAUUUCCCAGGAAAUCCGCCGUUCAUUUUCAACUAUACGGGUACAGUACCACCAGCAAGCUUGGCCACGACGAACGGGACCAGACUUUACCGGUUGAGUUAUAAUGCAACUGUUCAAUUGGUAUUGCAGGAUACUGGAAUUAUAGCCCCUGAGAAUCAUCCUCUCCAUUUGCAUGGUUUUAAUUUCUUUGCAGUAGGUAAAGGUUUAGGGAAUUUCAAUCCGAAAACGGAUCCUAAGAAUUUUAAUCUUAUUGAUCCUGUUGAAAGGAAUACAAUUGGAGUUCCUUCUGGAGGAUGGGUCGCCAUAAGAUUCCGCGCUGACAAUCCAGGAGUUUGGUUUAUGCAUUGCCAUCUAGAGAUACACACAACAUGGGGAUUAAAGAUGGCAUUCCUUGUAGAUAAUGGAAAGGGUCCUAAUGAGUCACUUUUGCCACCUCCGAAAGAUCUCCCAAAAUGCUAAAAUCCAUUGAGUACAGCAAAAGCUGCAACAUGCUAUGAUGGAAAAGAAGAAUAGAGAUUCAAUAAGCAGUGCAUUCAUUUUCUUGAGUGGAAAAAACAAAGGGGAAAUUUUGCUCAAGCAAACCUCAAUAAUUAUACAGAUGUAUUUGUGUUGUAUACAAUUUUUUGUUAUCGUUGUUCAUGGAAGUUUGAGAAAUGGAUUGUUUCUUUCUGAUUUGUAUGUUGGCCCACUAAGGGGUAAAGUACAUUCACAUUUAUUUUUUUUGCAAAC